UUGUCAGCAGCUCCCUGCGUUGCUUUGCGUCGGCCGACGGGUAACCAGCCGUGGGGUCACCAGAUAAAUUAUGUCAAACGGAGUAGUGUUACGAACGUGAGCGACUUCGGGUUUCGCUGUACCUGCACAGGAAAAGUAUCGCAAAGUGCGCGUUCGUAUGGUCCUAGUGUGAUUCCGAUGCGAUUUACAAACUGGCCGCCGUUUUUUAGACUUUCGUUAAAUGAGUGCUACCUUUAAAUGAUCGUACAAGAAUCUGUGCUUCGGUAUCGUCUUCACACAAAUGAAUAUAUCUAUAUUGAUUUCAUUUAAAAAAUCAUGCUGACCCUGCACCACCAACUAGUGGUGAGGAUCGCUCGAAGAUGGGGUUGAAACGACGGCGCAACAAACCGGGGCACCGAUGAGGUGAUUAAUUUUUAGGUAGGCGAGGUGGUGCAGAAGAAGAUGAUGACUGCCAUGGCCAGGUUGCCUUGCAAGCAAACUUCGCCUUCGCAGCAGCCACGGGUGAACAAUUUUGGGAACAGCCGGAACACGUACUGGGACAUGCAGCCCAGGCAUCCGGCGCCUCCGUAUGUCAGGAAUCAUCAUCGGCACAUCGAUCAUACCGGGAAGCGGAAGAGCGCGGUGGAGCUGCUCCAGGAGACGAAGGCGUUCUACGUGAAGAGCGAGACCGUACUGGACCGGAAGCAGGAGCUGAAGAACAGCGGUCAUCUUCAGGUGUCGCAGCUGAGCGCGCCCGGUGCGCCGCCCAGGUUGCUCAGGAAAUGCGGGACCGCGCCGACGUGUUCCAUGCAGCCGACGUCCCCGUCGCAGCUACCGGCUGCUCAGCUGACGCCACCCUGUUGCUGGGCAUCCUGCCACGAACAGGACAGGCCGGACGGAAUUCUGAAUCCUCAACAAACACUGCCACCCGCGCUGCCACCGAAGAGUCCACGCCUGGUUCCCGUUCCGCAGCGGCGCACGAUUUCAGGGCCACCGAGCAGUACCGGUGGAGAUCAGCUGCAGACGAAAUUACGUCGGCUGCUAAAUACCGACAGCAAGGAGAAUGUGUUUUUUCCGGACAGCCCGGCGCAGUCCGUCAUGCAGGCGAACGGUGUACCGCAAGAGGAGAAAUUCCGGUACUCGCCAGGAAGCUUGUCGCCGAAUUUUCGUGACGAAGACCGUGGAAAGCAUUGUUUACAACAAGACGCCCGCUUCAAAUUCGGUCGGAGUAAUUCACACUCGCACACUUCCGGUCGGGCCGGAAGAAAGUCCGCCAGCUCGCCGUCGGUGGACACAACGGUUUGUCACAAAUCUUUGCCCGACCUUCACACGAGCACACGACGAAGAGCGUCCCUGUCGCCUCGUGCAUCGACGAAAUCGACCAAGCCAUCGGGGCACCAUCAAUCUUCGAACAAUUGCCCGGAUUGUGAAACUAGUUCAGAUUAUUCGGAGCACAGUUUCAAGCGGGACGCUGUCUGCUACCGAAGUUCCAGGCACAUUCGACGUUCGUUAGGUUCCGGUGGUGGCGACGCGAGUAGCGUACUAUCAUCUGGAGGUCGUACGCAAAAAUCAUCAGGGUCCAGCAAAUUAAGUCAUGGAGCGACUGCGAGGGAUUCCGGAGGAUCAUCCGGACAUUGUACUCAUCGCAGUGAACCGCCGCCAAUAAUACAAGACUGUUGGAGUCAUAUACGUCGAGACAGUGGUGCAUCUACUCAACACUCGACGGAGAAAGAACGCUCGAGAAAAGGUAGUUACGCUAACGGUACACCACUUUCUGUUGUGAGACACUAUAGUCCUGACUCCGAAAGUAGCAACAGUCAAACGGAUUAUAGUCCGACGUGCAAUUCGAGAUUUUCCGACGGCUGGAAAGAAGGUCGAGGUCGACCAAUUCUGAGAUCGAAGUCGGACAUCAGUGAUCGUUAUUGGCGUCAAGAUAACGGUCGAUCCAACAAAGUACCUGCUCGGCCUCCUCGGUCGAUUACUCAGCUCGAGAACUUUUUUGACCGUUUGGGUCUAGAUUCGGAGAAUUAUCAGCGUAUCACGGAACCAGACUCAAAGACAUCGUCUCCGGUAUUUUUUGAUAGCGUUAGUUCCGUCGACUCGGCGUUAGGUCUUUAUUCGUGGGUUGGUAAUAACCAGACAAAUCAGAGUGGUCAAUGGCAGAACAAUAAUUGUAGCGUUGGCAUGGGCAACGACGAUUGCAAUCAGCGAGUUAGUGAUCCGCCGAGCAUCGUUGAACGCAACGCUCGAAUCAUUAAAUGGCUCUGUCAGUGCCGAAAAGUGCAGUUUGGGUAUAGUUAAACAACGAGUUUGCGAAACGGACAAUCUAUCCUCCGGACUCGGUAGCGUGCAUUCCAGUCGACGAAUGUUUAGAGGAUUUUCAUCUUGCCAACGAUAGUUUUGAUGCGUCGCAAAAAAACUAUGCCUUACAUUUAUCAUUUCACUAGCGAAGGAUAGUAACGUUGAUAACAUUUUUCUCUUGCUUCGUUGAGUUACUGAUGCUACACAGGUUAGCAUCCUUAAUUUAUGGUUUCCUAAUUGCAAGAAGAACAUGUGCCAUUUACUUUAUCAAUUGUUUGUUAUGCAUUUCUGUUGUGUCUUUAAUUUUAAAUUGUCACUAUUGAUUUUAGGGUGAAAUCAAUUGUUUUUUGUCGGUAUGUUCUUGUCAAAAUUUGUACAUAGAUCUAACGGACAGUGAGAACUGUCUGAUAUUUUACAGUCAUGUAAAAGUUUUACCUGUUUGAACAGUUUUGUUUCCUAGGGAGUAAAUUUAUUGUAUAUUAGUUACGUUAAUGUUACAACGAGUUUAUGAUACAUGAAAUGAAUGCGCUCCGCGUUUGUGGUUUAUUGAUCAUGGAGAAGGUUAUGUAUAAAGAAACUGAAUUUUAUUAGAAUGUUUUACUUUAAGAUAAUUGCGGCAUAUUGAAUUAUAUAUUAGUCAUUGCUGAAUUUCGAUAUUCUAAAUUGCAUUGUGAAGAUGCCUUUAAAAUACAUGGUACUUGUAUGUUUUUUAUGUUAAGGAAAAAGUUGCUCUUUCAUUGCUGGAGCCAGACAUUUCAAAGUUUCAUUUCGUUAAGUGAUCAAAGUAAUUUGAAACUGAAUAUUAACUCACGAUGCAUUACAACUUUUUCUGGUUCAGUAGGAAUUGAUAUCAUAGCGUUACAGUUGUUCUGAAAGUCAAAGAUUUGUUUAACAAUGCAAAGUAACUUACUGUGUUUAAAAUAGAAUUCUUAACGUAGUAGCAUUAGUCCCGUUUCAUUAAUGUUUCUCCUCUUUCUCAAUGAAUCUAUUAAAACUUGUAUUGAUCUGUAUUUUAGAAAUGCAAACACCGCUGGUACAAAAGAACGAAUGUGAUUUACCGAAUUUUGAAGAAUUUUUCUGUGUAAGAAUGUUUGCAAAUGGAAUUUGUAUAAGGGAUUUGAAGGAGUUUUCAUGUUGGUGUUUUUAUACCUUAUAAAUCUUGUUAGAUGCA